UCGAAAACAACCUCCGUCGAGAGCGGUUAGUGUACUUGUACCGGAUAGUUAACGGCAAUCGCGCGGUGUGUUUUCUUUGAAUUGAAUUUUCUAUUCCUGGAAUAUAAAUAAGUGCUUUUUUGCUCGUUUCUUGGGAAGCGUUAGAACGCGCGACGGGAGCGAUAGAGAAAGAGAGAACGAGUGUGAUGUAAGAAGAUAUAAAAAAGUUGAAUUUGAAGUGGAAUUUUUCUUUGUGCAUACACUGGAAUUAAGAAAAGCACCGUCUGCUUUGAUGAUUAAUCAAUGUCGCAUUGAUAGUGAGCGUAGUUCGUCAAAUUUUCGGAUUGUUUUGAUCUACAAGUGGCAGAGCCUACUCCGCUGACUGUGCGAACACGUGCAUGAUAAAUUCUAGCGCGUCAAGUACGACGAGGGGUACAAGUGAACGAAGAGAUAAAGCGACGCCUCCCACCUGGGCGCAUCAGCUCCCUCUCCCGCCCGAAAACCCCAACGGUGCACGUUUGUGGUUUUGUGUUUUUUUUCUUGUUUUGCGUUUAUCAGUCUGAUGCCUACCUAAUUUCAAGUGCAAUUUGUGCGAAGGUUACCAGCGUCAGUGUGAGAAACAAUUUGAUGGAAGAAAAAUAAUUUCCAUUGUUGAAACAAUCGGCCAACUGGGGAAAAAACAUUGAAUCAUACUUACAUACACACAAUCAUACACACGCACGUACAACACUUGGCGUUCAGUUCCGAAUAUAGGGAGAAAAAGGUCGAGUAUUUUCCCAUCACGUUCAUCGGUUCGCGCGAGUGGAACAAGUUAUUUUCGAAAAGCCCGUGAAUGAUCUCAAUCGAGAACGGAAGUUCACAGCUCUUCGAUCGAUAACGAGACAAAACCGGGGCAAAAUCUCAAAGAUCUGACGGGCCUGAUAGGCGGCGAGCGUGAAGUGUACUUUUUCUGGAGCACAGCGAGGCAAAGUGUGACGACAAACAAAAACAAAGUCGGACAUAUACGUCACUCACUCACGGACUGUGUUUACGAACACGUUGCUGCUGCUGCUACCCUCCGGCGGGCGAGCGCUGAUAAGCGGGCAGUCGGGUGCGAGCGAGAUUCGACCGUCAAAAAUCGAGAGGCAGCCGCAGUAAAGAGCAACAAGGUGAAUCACAAAAUAAGCAGCGCACGUGGGACUGGAUUUUUUUUGUUCAGAUCUCAUAAAGCUUAUGUCGUUGCCGGCUGAAGGAGUCCAAUUGCACGCUUGCCCAUGAUUUAAUCGAUUGCCAUACAAAAAUCGCCAAUUAUUCGUAGACGAUAUCGCCCAUUGCUACACGAACACAAACACCAGAAAACAAACCCACACAGACACAAUGCUACCGCAGCAGUAUUGCCUCCGGUGGAAGUACCACCACAGUAAUCUCCAGACCAUGUUCUCGCAGCUCCUGGACCGGGGCUGCUUCUGCGACGUGACGCUGGCCUGCGAGGGCCAAACGAUCCGUGCCCACCGCGUGGUCCUGUGCGCUUGCAGUACCUACUUCGACCAGCUGCUCACCAACUGCAGCACCGAGAAGGACCCGAUCAUCAUCAUGCGCGAUGCCAAAUUCGAGGACAUCCGCUGUCUGAUCGAGUUCAUGUACAAGGGCGAAAUCAACGUGGAGCACGGUUCGUUGGCGUCGCUGCUCAAAACGGCCGAGGAGCUGCGGAUCAAGGGUCUGGCGGAGGUGUCCUGGCGGGACGACGAAAGUGGCAGCACCACCGGCAGCGAUGCCAGCAAUAACAACAACAGUGUGACCGUGAAAGAUGGCAACAGUGGGAGCAGUAACAACAACAAUAACAACAGUAUUAAGAUUGUUGAGACGAAGAAGCUAAUGGCUCCGCAGUUAGGAGGUAGAACGUCGAUGACUCCGCUGACAGUGAGUAGCCUGGAGCAGCGAAUAUCCAAUUCUCCAAACUUACCACUGUUGACGCCGUUGGCGGCGGGAUCUCCGAGAAACCCGGCCAGUUGUGCCUCCCCGAUCAACUACUUUGGGAACAAAAAGAAACGAGGUCGUCCUCCGCUAGAUGAGGAGUACGACACGUUCCAACAGAUUCCUAAGAUCUCCCAUGUGGAAGGCGGUGCCGGAAGCUCGACUCCGUACACCUCGAGUUCACAGCUGGUGGCGGUCAUGAUGGACGACAGUUCGAAUGAACAAGGUCGUGACGAACAAUCCCAUCUCAUCCCGGACCAGACUUCUGCGACCAAUUCCUACCUCGAGCAGCAAAGUCGCAUCAUUGCACCGCAAACUCUGCGCGACAUGGAGUUCGACGAAGAUACGCAUAUACCGCGGAAGAUGAUCCCCAAGCUGGAACGACCGGAUACCCCCCAGGACUACAUGGCCACCCUUGGACCCAAGUUCGAGUUCGACGAGCAUUCGCCGCCCAGUCCGAACGAUCACAACCAAUCCGUGUUUCUGACUCCGCAGGAGCAGGAAGAGUGGAAGGACGUGAUCAAGAUGAACGACUACCUGACCAAGGGUCGGCGGCCGCAGUUCUGGGAGGAACCGUUCACCAAGCGGGUCAUGGACGGCAUCAAAAACAAAACGCUGGAGAUGAAGAAGGCAGCCAAAUUGCUCGGCGUUUCCUACGGUACCCUCUACGGGCGGUACCGGGAAACGUACGGCUGCCUUAAGCAUCCGUAUCGAGGUCCCUUCAUGGCGGCAUCCCGGAUGAACAACAUGUGGCCAACGCCAACUGACACCGGCGUUGCCACCACCACGGACAUUCUCAACAUGCUCCAGCGUGGAAUCAUCAGUUUGCCGCGGGCGGCCGAAUUGAUGCACACGACCCCAUCGACCAUCAGUAGUUACCUGGAGCAACUACAGGAAGCGGCCGCAUCUCAACCGGACCAAGACCAGCUGACGGCACUGGCGGCGGCGGCGGCGGCAGCAGCUGCCGCAGCAGCCACAGCCAACAACCCCAGCCCCGAUGACGACCCAUCUCCGCACCACCAUCUCCAACACCACCAACAGUCCUCGCAGCAGAUUCCCUCGGCCCUGUCCCUCAUGGCACCGCAAAUCGAACAGCAACUUCGCGUCAAACCCGAGAUCAGUAUAUCCGCCCUGAAGAAGUCUUCGUCCAGCUCCAGUUCGGCAGUGGGUUCCUCUCCGUCGCUGUCGUCGAUACCCUCCGCGUCCGGAUCGAUCUUCUCCCCGUCCAACAUUGAUGGCGCCAGCGGCAGCAGCAGUAGUAGCUUAAGCAACGCCCUCAACGCCAUCCCAUCUACUUCGGCGGCCGCACAACUCUCCACCAAUAUUUAAGCCGCGCCACACGCAGCUGACCGGCGGCCAAAAUAAGCUUUGCUAUACAAAUCCUAGCAUGCCAUAAACGGUCUAUAGCAAAAUGACAGUUCUGUAGCAGAACUCGUAGAAAAUGUGAUUUGCCCUUUCGUUUAGAUAAUUUAACGGUUCAAGUUUCGUUCAGAAUGAAAUCUUGUUCAGUCAAUAGCAGAAUUUAUUGCAAUCUGUAUACUACAAACACAACUAGGUUACAAGUUCCAUAUUUUGUCCGUAAAAGUAAGCUCUUAGCUCGUAGAGAACACACAUUCGUACUUUUUUUUUCGAUUUAGGUUUAGGGAAACGGUGCUUUUUAGUUUAUUCCAUUUAUCUGUCAUGUCCACUAUAAUUUUUAGGGAAGUAUUUUCCGUUAAAUAGCAGUCAAAACGCCAUUUGUUUCUCGUUUUUUGAGGUUGGAAAACCCGCUCGCACAAAAGUCUGCCAUCCAAAAAAAAAAUAAGCUGCUGCUCCCAUUGGUAUUCAUCAGUUCUUUGUGAUCGAUCUAACCACAAGCCGGAUCAAAACACUCGUAGAAGCUUUCUGAGUAGCCAAAUUCGUUUUUUUAUUCCGUUGUUAUCGUUUUUACUUCAUAAUUUUACUCUAGUAGUUAGGGAAAUCAAAGCGAGAGGAUGGGAUUUUUGUCCAGAAGUGACUGAAAUUAAGGUGGUGAUAUUUUUUUUCUCUUUUGUACAUUCCGAACAAAACAAAAUCUAAGUGGUGUGAUUCGUACGUCAAAAUUCUAAAUUAUCUGUACAUAAAUGAUAAGAUUUGUUUACCAAUUAAACUUUUAUGUAAAUGAUGAAAUAUAUUUAAAUAAUUCGUAUAGCAAAGUGUA